CAGGCACAAGCUUGCUGCAGGAGGUGGUCUACUUGGUGAGCCAGGGAGCUGACCCCGAUGAGAUCGGCUUGAUGAACAUUGAUGAGCAGCUCCCAGUCUUGGAGUAUCCACAGCCAGGCCUAGACAUCAUCAAGGAACUGACAUCUCCCCGCCUCCUCAAGAGUCACCUGCCCUACCGCUUCUUGCCCUCCGACCUCCACAAUGGGGACUCCAAGGUCAUCUACAUGGCUCGCAACCCCAAGGACCUGGUGGUGUCCUACUACCAGUUCCACCGCUCCCUGAGGACCAUGAGCUACCGAGGCACUUUCCAGGAAUUCUGCCGGAGAUUUAUGAAUGAUAAGUUGGGCUACGGCUCUUGGUUUGAGCAUGUGCAGGAGUUCUGGGAGCACCGCAUGGACUCGAAUGUGCUCUUCCUCAAGUAUGAAGACAUGCAUCGGGACCUGGUGACGAUGGUGGAGCAGCUGGCCAGAUUCCUGGGGGUGUCCUGUGACAAGGCCCAACUGGAGUCUCUGACUGAGCACUGCCACCAGCUGGUGGACCAGUGCUGCAACGCCGAGGCCCUGCCUGUGGGCCGGGGAAGAGUUGGGCUAUGGAAGGACAUCUUCACCGUCUCCAUGAACGAGAAGUUUGACUUAGUGUAUAAACAGAAGAUGGGAAAGUGUGACCUCACGUUUGACUUUUAUUUAUAAUAACAGAAACAGCAACCUGCAUGCUCACAAUACCCAGACACUCUACUAGCCAAAAGUCCCGUAUGCAUUCAUUUAUUACUUGCUGGACAGACUCCGGAAGCAGUGUGUAAACAGCAGGGGGAGGAAGCAGCAGAGAAGGUGGAGGAAGUGUGAUUCGUUCCCAUCCACAGCAGCUGUCUCGCCGUUAGGAUUUGAAGUCUCCAAGUGUCAUAUUCCAAACACGAUUCUGGUGGCCUGUAUCAUACUUAUAAAGUCUGUAACAUAUGCAGCUAGAAUGUCUGCCUUUUCAGCCCCAUAUUAUUUAUUGUAUUUUAUAGAGAUUUUCACUGGAAAUCUAAAUAAAUGUCAGUAAACCAAAUAAAAGUUCAUUUCCAAGGGGAAUCAAGAGCGAACCACACCUGAAUGGUAGAAAGAUCUCAGGGUAACUCUUUAUUUUUGUAGUUUUGUUAUCUAAGGCGCAGCCUUUGAGUUCUCACUUGGUUCUGAUGUGGUGGUGAGAACCGAGGAUGAGUGGGUAUGUGUGGGGAAGCCUGGACAUUUGCUGACUCUGGUGGAGUUCAGUUCUUUGUAACCUUCCUGAAAUAAAGCAGAAACUGUUCACUAGGCUAUCUUCAGAAGGGGUGUUUCUCUGCGAGAGACUUCCGGCGAGCAGCUCCAGAGGCCUAGUGCAGAGGAGCCGCACAGCGUUCGCUGGGGAAGCCUGCCUGAGGGGCCAGCAGAGGGGAGUCUAACGCAGACAGUGGUGUCUGAAUGCAGUGCGUGGGGAGCUGCCGCAGAAAGACGGUGAUGCGCUCGGAAUUGGAGUUUCCUUCUGCCGUCUUGCUUUUGUUCCCUGAGGCCAUGACCUCCUUAUGCUGGCAAGCGGAUGCUUCAUGGUACAUUUUUUUAAAACCCCAGGUCUUUUCACUCUGUUUGUUCUGUCUGUGCAUGAGCUAUCAGCUCUGGAAGGACCGUUUUACAAGUUUACCGCCCACUUCACUCAGAUCAGGUGGACACUCCUGCCUUUGUCUCUGUCCACCCUGUCCCCUUGUAUCUCUGAGGGCAUCAAGAGGGGGUCAUUGCCUCACCACCUGCUUAACUUUCUGACCCCAGUUUGCUGGAGAAGCCAUGGGGAUACGGCCAGAGGAGACACGGGCUGGCCGCCAGCCUGGAGCAGAUUGCUACCGAGUGAGGACGGGUGCUGUGUCUGGGAUUUGUGUGGCUGGGAAGUACCCACACUUGGCCAGAAGGGUCGCUGCUGUGGCAAGGGGCUCUGUGCUGUGGUGCCAUCUCUGAACAGGUGCAGCGAGAAGCCCACAUCUCCGCAUGUGACCGGGGAGAGCUCAGGUGACACAUGGCCUCACAUGGUGGGCUUGGCAGCACCUUACCCUGUAUCUGUGAGGGAGGCUUUCUGUGAAACUUCAUUUCUAUUUUUCUAUUUUUAGUACUGUAUGGCUAUUGCUGAGCACUCCACAUGAGACGUCUGUGCUUGCUUGCAUCUUAAUAAAGACACAUUCCCUGCAUUGUA